AAUUCUGACGACUAGAUACUUUUUCUUAUGAAAAUAAACAAUUUUAUAAAUAAAUUCACAUUUUCGCAUAGACUUGAAUAAUUCAUCUCUAAUUUGUGCACAAUAAUGUUUUAAUUUUUAAAAAUUAUCAACAAUUUUUUCGUAUCAAAUCACAUAGAGUAAAAAAAAAAAACCCAAUCAAAUAUGAGUAGCACAAGUUCAGAAUAUAAUGCAGAACCCCUUCAAAGAGAACCAAUAGUUCAGCGUCCACGACCACCACCAGAAGCUCUAACCAAAGGCAGAGCAAACCUCCGCAAAUGGCUAGGCAAGACAUUCAGAGUAGUCAUAACCGACGGCCGGGUUCUAACCGGCUUCUUCAACUGCACCGACAAAGACGCAAAUGUUGUCCUAUCAAUGUGCACUGAAUAUUUGGAAGAAGGAAAAGAUGCACGAGUUCUGGGCAAUGUCAUGAUUCCAGGCAAGCACAUAGUCUCAAUAUCUGUGGAUAUGCCUGUCGACCCACCAAUGACUUCCCAAGAAUUGACACAAUGACUAGCACAUAAUUAAACUAUGUAUUUUCUUUUUUUUUUUGUAUUUAUUAAACAAUUUUUAACAAAAAAACUAUAA